AUGAGCGAUAUUAUUGUCAAAAGAAGAGAAUAAUUUAGAAUAGAAAUUCGUAAAUAAAAUCUAGAAAAAGAAUUUAGCAAGAAGAGAUUUGAAAAAUGUAAUCUUAUUCAGAAUCUAAAUGAAUGCAACAAUUUAAUCGAUUUUGAAUUUAAAUACAAAGAUCAAAUUGAGAAUCAGAUUUAGCUUAUUCUUCAAAACCCUGACAAUUAAAACUUAUAAAAACUUAUAUAAUUAGUAUAGCAAUUAAGUUCAAAAUACAGUGUUUACAUAAUAGAUCAUAAUAUUUACAAAACACUUAAACACAAUGAUUUAGACAUUAAUUUGUGUUUGAACUUAAUGUGUAAUUUAUGUAUUGAGCCAACAGUAGUUAAACAUAUCUUCUCUGAUCAGAUCUAAAAAGAGAGAUUAACCUAAUAUUUAAACCUAAUUAGUGCCAAUUUAUAUGAAGAACAUAGAAAGCUUUAUUGGGAAUUCAUGCUUAUUCUGUCAAGUUCAGCACAUACACCUUUUCCAUUUCUGAAAUAAGUGUUUUUGAUAUGUUGUGAGGAAUUGAUUUAAUGUAGAAAUAACACUAUUUAAAUGUAAAUUCGCAUUCUUCCACAUUUAAUACAAAAAUAUCCAUAAGCCAAUUAAUUCUAUUGGGAUGCCUUAAAUACUUCUAAUACUGAGGAUAGGAAACCUUGGAAAUGUUUAUUGCAUUAUCUUAAGUAACCUAAUUCAGAUGUAUUUUGUUGUGAUUAAUUAAUACUCGCAAUAUAUUAUUUAGUUUAACAUGCAAUUCAAAAAAUGUACUAUGAUUAAAUUGUUACUUCAGAACUAAUGUUUGUUCUUCAAAGUAAUUUAUAUAGACAUGAAAAAACAAUGGUUAGAUCUACUAAAUUAAUAUUUAUGAUUUUUGAAGAAAAUGAUACUUACUUUAAAUUUAUAAGUGAUGAUUUAAUCAAAUUACUUAAAAUUACUUUCAUAGAUGGACAGAUUGAAAUACUAAAACUCUUAGAAAUAGUUCUUCGCAAAAGAUAAUAUUUUAUACAGCUUAUGGACUAAUAUAAUAUAAUAGAUAUAUUAUUUGAUAUUCUACGAUAGAAGAUAUCAACAACCAUGAAUUAUACAAUUUUAAAUUGCAUUGCUUUAUCCUUAUUUUAAUGUACUUAAAUUGAUAAAUAUUAAAAACAUAUCCAAACUCAGUAUUCUAAUUUUAAGGAUAUUUUAGAAAGAUUUGUUUAUGACAAAAAUAAAUCUAUCUAAUAAACUACUGAAUAUCUCUUAACUGCCUACUUUGAGAAAUGA